GAGCCCCAGGCGCCCCGGGUCCCCCCAGCCCGCCCCCGGCCACCCUAGAUCUGGACACAGCCACCUGGCAGAGCAGACGCAGGUAAGACCUGGGGCUAGAGCAGGCGGCUGGGGGGUGGGUACGAGCCUGGGAGGGCGCCCAAGGGCCACCAAGACAGGACCGCAGGCCAGGGUGCUACCUGACUGGCAGUCACGAGGACUGAGGCUGUGCCCAGGCCCCGGUGUCGGGCAGCCCCACUGGCCACUGCCCACCUCCCAGGUCUGCAGAGGCCUGGAUUCCUGUCCUCUGGGGCAGGGGGAGCACUUCCCGUGCGGAGCCUAAGCCCGGGGGAUGCUUGCAGAGGCUAUACCUUGCCACCUCCAUAUCCCUCCCCAGGAUGCUGCUGCCGGAGGGGCACUCAGCCUCUGAAGAGGCUGCGGCCGCUGGGCCCCAGCGGGGUGACUGCAUCGUCUGCUACUCGGCCUAUGACCUCGCCGGGCACCUGCCCCGCCGCCUCUACUGCGGCCACACCGUCUGCCAGGCAUGCGUGCGGCGGCUGGCCGCGCCGGCCCCUGAGCAGCGCUGGGUCCCCUGCCCGCAGUGCCGCCAGAGCACGCCCAUGCCCCGUGGAGGGGUGGCCAUGCUGGACCUCGACCUGGCUGCCUUCCUGGCCAUCAGGGCCGGACGGGGGCCGUCUCGCCUGGAGCCGCAGCCCCCCAGGCCCUGCAAGGGCAGCCCCACUGUCACUCAGCAGCCGGCCAGGCUCCUCCCCGCGUCGGGCCUCCCGCCCCGCUUCCCCCAGCCCGGAGGCUGCUGCGCAGGCUGCCGCAGCCUCUGCUGGGAUCCCUCAGGCAGCCCCCAGCUCUGAGCGCUGCUCAGCGCUGCCCCUCGGAAAGGAGCCUCGGCCUGCAGCACGAGGCACCGCCUUCCCGAAACAGCUCUGCGUGUUCGCCCUGGGGCCGCCACCUAAGGUCGUGAGCUAUGCCCACAGUGCCGUGCGCCCCUGCAGGAGCUGGAAUCCGGGCCAGGACCCCCAGGCCCCACGGUGGUCUGUGUGCACUGCGGGGCCGCUGCUGUCAGAGUCGCCUGCGAGCCCAGCCCAGGUCUGGACGCGG